AUUUUCAUCCAAACUUUCAAGUUGGCUAAUAUUCAAACCAAAUUAAGCUACAACACAAAAUCAAUAGGCUAGCAACAUGUCUGACCAAGAACGCAUGGACACUCGAAACGCUGUGGUGUUGCUGCAAGAAGAUCCUGGAGAAGUUGUGAUCCCAAAUCCCCAUGAGCCGAGCACAAGUCAAGCAGUGAAAGAAGAGGGCUUAAGGAAAAGUACAAGACCCAGAAAGCUCACUGAGAAAGGCCAAGCGUUUCAUGAGAAAAUGGUGAGCAAGCUUCAAGCUCGAUUCAACGCCAAUUAUGAAAAAUGGAAAUCUACUGCCAAACAAGCAAAAAGAGCACUUGACGCAUCGGAUAUAGCAAGCUUGCAUGAUCACAUUGCUCGUAUACAAGAAACUUCUGGUGAAGUCAUGCAAGCAUAUGAAGAACUACGUAGUCAUGAAACUCCUGAUGGAAACACUCGCCGCAGAGUUGACACAUGUGAUGCAGUUUCUCAGAAGGUUUUCCAACAAGCACAAGAGAAUCUUGCAGCAGAAGAAGAUGAGUGAGAUCAAGAAAAGAGGUCAUUUCACUGGAGUGAAACUCGCUUAGCGUUUAUUUUAGCAUCGUUGCAAAGAUCCAAAAACUCAAGUAGUCGACGUUCAAGUCAGCUGUGUGCAAAAAGGCAAGACGCAGCAGCAGAAGUAGCUGCAGCUGAAGCCACUCUGUUGGUCUUAGAAGAAAUGGAACGUGGCAAAAGUGAACUCGAAAUGCUUGAGAAAGAAAUGGAACGAAAGAAGAGGGAUCUUGAACGCUUGGAAACGGUAAAGCAAAUGAAUGCUGCAAAAGCGCGACUGGAAGUGUAUGAACAAGAAGGCAACUCAGAUGAGGAAUUGUCAGAUCUUCUGCAUGGAAGGAGCACACCAAAAAAGCUACCAUCCAAGCCUAUAAGACAUUCUGAAGUGAAAAUUGAAUCUUCACAUUGCAAUCCAUAUGCACAACCAUUCAUACCAAAAGACACCACAAGAGGGCAACCUGCUAGCAAUAAAACACCAGAAGAUGGCAUAACAGCACUGGCUACAGCCUUGGCAGAGUCCAUCAACAUUAGCCGUCUACCGGUUCCAGAGCCCGCAGUUUUCAAUGGAGAUCCCAUCAAGUACAAGGAUUGGAAAAUGUCUUUUCAAUUACUGAUUGAAAGAAAGAACAUCCCAGUGGCUGAAAAGAUCUACUACCUCCGAAAGUAUGUUGGCGGUCCUGCGAGAAAGGCAGUUGAAAGCUACUUUCUGCUCGGAACAGAAAUGGCAUACCGUACAGCUUGGAACACUCUGGAAGAAAGAUAUGGUAGUCCAUUUGUAAUCGCCAAAGCUUUCAGAGAUAAGCUCUCAGCAUGGCCAAGAAUUGGAACCAAGGAUAAUGUGGAACUAAGAGCGUUCUCAGACUUUCUCAAAGGUUGCGAAGUGGCAAUGCUACAGAUAAAGAAUCUUCAAAUUCUAAAUGACUGCUAUGAGAACCAGAGAAUGCUCAGCAAGCUUCCUGAUUGGCUUACGGCAAGAUGGAAUCGUAAAGUAGUUGAGAUUGAAGAUCAGUGUGGUUCAUUUCCUACAUUCAGCCAUUUUGUCAACUUUGUAGAAAAGGAAGCCAGGAUCGCAUGCAACCCAGUGACAUCUCUAAGUGCUCUCAAGGCAAAUGAUUCAGAGAAAGAGAAAGCGAAAACUCCAAUGACUCGGAAUGUUGGAGCCAGAACAUUGACAUGCAGUACGGAGGAGAAAACCGAUACACUGAAGUGUGAAUUCUGUGAACGGUCAAAUCACAACAUUCUGACAUGUCGAAAGUUCAUAGAGAAGGAGAACGCUGCAAAGGUGCAAUUUGUAAAAGACAAGGGAUUGUGUUUUGGUUGUCUUAAAUCUGGACACAUCUCAAAGAAAUGCGAAAAGAGAAGUAUCUGCAACACAUGUAAGGGGAAACACCCAACAUGCUUACAUGAAGAACGAGACAAAGAGUCAAGAAAGAAUAAGGACAUCCAAAGGGAAACAAAGGGGACAAGUGAGUCAAAGGAAACCAAACAAACUAAGGAACCAAGUCAAGAAACACCAAAUGAGGCUAUCUCAAACAGUGUUAUCCAAAGUGACAAUACUGACCUCACAUCCACAAUUGUUCCAGUGUGGUUGUCCACAAAAAGUAAUCCAGAAAAAGAACUAUUGCUUUACGCUCUUUUAGACAGUCAGACUGACACAACAUUUGUUCUGCAAGAAAAGGCAGAUGUUUUGGACACAGACAAGAAAGAUGUGCAGUUAAAGCUCUCCACACUGUCAUCCAAAGACACAGUCGUUUCUAGUCAAAAGCUGACAGAUCUACAAGUCAGAAGCUGCUACUCGUCAAAGAGAAUCCCUCUUCCCAUGACAUAUACAAGAGAGUUUAUCCCUGCCAAUCUACGUCACAUUCCCACUCCGAACGCAGCAAGAGCAUGGUCUCACUUAGAGCACCUCGCUGAUGAGAUCGCCCCUCUAAUUGAAUGCGAUGUUGGUUUGCUAAUAGGUUACAACUGUUCACAAGCUCUGGUACCCAGAGAAGUCGUGUCAGGAAGAGACAAUGAGCCCUUUGCUCAGAAAACAGAUCUUGGCUGGACCAUAGUUGGAGGACUUGAUCCAUGUGUUGACUAUGGAGAUGCAAUUGGAUGCAGCCACAGGAUUGUUGUCAAGGAAGUGACACCCAAUUCACCAUCUGAUCAGUUGUUGAAGGAAGUGCACUACAUUUGUCGCACCCAAGUCAAAGAAGUGAUUACACCAUUGGAUGUGAUUAAAGUGCUUGAGUCUGAUUUCAACGAAAGAAAAGUGGAAGACUCUCAUUUCUCCCAAGAAGACUUGCGGUUCAUUUCAAUAAUGGAAAGAGUAGUGAAAAUGCAAGAAGAUGGUCAUUGUGAACUACCUUUGCCGUUCAAACAAGACAGACCAAACUUACCGAACAACAAAAAAUGUGCAGAACAUCGACUCAAGUGUCUGAAGAAAAGAUUCGAAAAAGACAAACAAUAUCACAAAGACUACACGAAGUUCAUGAAUGAAACAAUAGAGCACGGAGAUGCAGAAAAGGUGCCUCCUGAAGAACUGGACAAAGGUCCUGCCUGGUACAUUCCACAUCAUGGGGUGUACCACUCCCAAAAGCCCGAAAAAAUAAGAGUGGUCUUUGAUUGUUCGGCAAAGUAUGAAGGAGUCUCGUUGAAUGAUUACCUUUUGACCGGACCAGAAUUGACCAACACGCUGGUGGGGGUCUUGUGCAAAUUUCAGAAUGGCCUAGGAGCAAUCAAUUGCUCUCUUGUAUUCGCCAAGUCCAGAGUAGCACCGACCAAAGUCACUACAGUACCAAGGUUGGAGCUGUCUGCAGCAGUCGUUGCAGUGCGUACAAGUGACAUGCUCAAUGCAGAGUUGGAGCUGAAUGUUGAAGAAUUCUUCUGGACAGAUUCACAAGUCGUCUUGGGAUAUGUCAACAAUGAAGCGAGACACCUUCAUGUGUUUGUAGCGAACAGCAUCCAACAUAUCAGAGAGAAUACCAUCCCCACACAGUGGAAGUAUGUUGCAUCGGAGGACAAUCCUGCAGACCAUGCAUUGCGUGGACUCAAGGCCAAAGAUCUCAUCACCUCAAACUGGUUCAGUGGGCCAAGUCUUCUAUGGCAAGAAGAGCUACCCAGUGGAGAGUGCAAGGUGGGAGAACUUGACGCAAGAGACUCAGAAGUACGCAAAGCUGUCAUACACCGCACACUCAAGGUGGUUUCUCUGGAAGAACGUUUUGAGAAGUUCUUCAGCUGGUCGAGAUUUGUCGAAGCUAUUGCAAGGCUCACCAGAUUUGUGAAGGAAGACCUCUACCUACGCAAGAGAUGGCGUAGAGUGCAAUAUCUCGCCAAUGAGUUCUGGCGCAGAUGGAGAAAGGAAUACUUGUUGAACCUACAGCAAAGACAGAAAUGGCAGAAGACAAGAAGGAAUGCCAAAGUCAAUGAUAAAGUGCUCAUACAAGAUGACACAGCACCCAGAAACGAUUGGAAACUCGCUAAGGUCACUGCAGUGUAUCCAAAUGAAGAUGGAUGUGUGCGCAAAGUGCAGCUUCUAAUCAGUGACUCUACAUUAGAUGACCAUGGCACACGACUCAACAAGCAGACACACUUGGACAGACCUAUCCACAAGACAGUUACACUGUUGGAAGCAGAAUAGACCCACACUAGUCUGAAAAGGGAAAACACAUUAGAUUUGGUGGGAGUGUAGCUGCUGAUAGAAGCACAUUGUAUAUAUGUUAUAUAAUUUCAUAGUUGGUUAGAGUAAAUAAAUACAAUGUAUAAAUAUAAGUUAAUAUUUACAUUUAAUGUGAUUACAAAUGUAUUUUCUUUGGUAAUUUCAUGCAAGUAUAAGUUAACUUUAUUUUUGUUACAAAACUCAUGUAAAUUGGAGAGGAACAUAUUUUUUGUUCCGGUUUGGUCACAUUGUUGGGGGGACAAUUAAUAUGUGACAGCAAAUGGAAGAGGUUAAUGGAGUCUCGGCUUGGAAAGAAACUUUAUUCCCCCUGAGUUUGUGAGGCCAAUGAGUUCUGACGGCAUUAUUUUGGCAUUGUGUUGGCAUCGUUGUGACGAGGAGAAGGCGUGGCUGAAAAUAAAUGUCUGUUUGAGAAAAACGAACAACUUGAGCCUUGAUUAAGACCUCGGAGGGAGUAACAGAUAUUGUUGCUGCUUCUUAGUAUUUCAAAUAUUUCUUUGGCCUGAAUUAGGAAUUUUCAAGCAAACCAAACGUCUCAAUUAACUAAAACUCUCAAUACUACCGUAGUAUUGACCACUAGAUGAGACCCAACUAAUCAGAGCACGCUGUUCAGUAUCGUUGCCACUGAUUGGCUCAGCCUCAGGCAGCAUUAGUCUAUUGGAUUUUUUAAAUAAUUGUAACUUUAUUGUAUUCAACUGUCAAAUCACAGCUGUAAACCUACAUCAUAUAAUUGUAACUUUACUAUAUCCAUCCAUUUUCUACCGCUUAUCCCUUUUGGGGUCGCAAGGGUUGCUGGAGCCUAUCUCAGCUGCAUUCGGGCAGAAGGUGAGGUACACCCUGGACAAGUCACCACCUCAUCACAGAUAGACAACAUUCACACACUAGGGACCAUUUAGUGUUGCCAAUCAACCUAUCCCCAGGUGCAUGUCUUUGGAGGUGGGAGGGGCCUAUCCCCAGGUGCAUGUCUUUGGAAGUGGGAGGAAGCCGGAGUACCCGGAGGGAACCCACGCAGUCACGGGGAGAACAUGCAAACUCCAACAGAAAGAUCCAGAGCCCGGGAUUGAACUCAGGACCUUCGUAUUGUGAGGCGCAUGCACUAACCCCUGUGCCACUGUGCUACCAACACACAUUAUUAAAAUGGGGGACUUUAAUAUCCAUAUGAAUACCCCAUCGGACCCUCAGUGCGUGGCGCUCCAGACUAUAAUUGAUAGCUGUGGUCUUACACAAAUAAUAAAUGAACCUACGCAUCGCAACGGUAAUACGAUAGAUCUAGUGCUGGUCAGGGGUGUCACCACCUCCAAAGUUAUGGUACUCCCGUGUACUAAAGUAAUGUCCGAUUAUUACCUUAUAAAAUUCGAAGUUCUGACUCAUUGUCAACAAACUAAUAAUAAUAAUAACUGCUAUAGCAGCCGCAACAUUAAUGCUGCCACAACAAUGACUCUUGCUGACCUACUGCCUUCGGUAAUGGCACCAUUCCCAAAUUAUGUCGGCUCUAUUGAUAACCUAACUAACAACUUUGACAAUGCCCUCCGCAAAACCAUUGAUAGCAUAGCACCGCUAAAACAAAAAAAGGGCCCCUAAAAGGCGCACCCCAUGUUUUACAGAAGAAACCAGAGCUCAUAAAUGAUCAUGUAGAAAGUUGGAACGCAAAUGGCGCACGACCAAGCUUGAGGUUUCCCAUCAAGCAUGGAGUGAUAGUUUAAUAUCGUAUAAACGCAUGCUUACCUUAGCUAAAGCUAAAUAUUACUCAAAUCUCAUCCGCCUCAACAAAAACGACCCUAAAUUUUUGUUUAGUACAGGAGCAUCGCUAACCCAACAAGGGACUCCUCCCAAUAGCUCCACCCACUCGGCAGAUGACUUUAUGAAUGGGGUGGACCGCUCGCCUGUGCAUUGGCUGGGAACAUCUCUGCGCUGCUGACCCGUCUCCGCUCGGGAUGGUGUCCUGCUGGCCCCACUAUGGACUGGACUCUUACUAUUACGUUGAAUCCACUAUGGACUGGACUCUCACAAUAUUAUGUCAGACCCACUCGACCACCAUUGCUUUCGGUCUCCCCUAGAGGGGGGGGGGGGUUACCCACAUAUGCGGUCCUCUCCAAGGUUUCUCAUAGUCAUUCACAUCGACGUCCCACUGGGGUGAGUUUUUCCUUGCCCUUAUGUGGGCUUUGUACCGAGGAUGUCGUUGUGGCUUGUGCAGCCCUUUGAGACACUUGUGAUUUAGGGCUAUAUAAAUAAACAUUGAUUGAUUGAUUGAUUGAUUGAUUAUUAUAAUCAACUGUCAAAUCACAGCUGUAAACUUACAUCAUAUAAUUGUAACUUUAUUAUAAUUAACUGUAAAAUCAGCUAAGUGUAGAAUCACAACUUUGAAGUUACAGUAAAUUACUGUAAAGGUUUUAUUGCACUAAAAUAAUAUUGUGAAAGUGAUGCAAUUAUAGUCUGGUAAUUUACUGUGAAUAUAAAAGGACCGUUUUUUACAGCGUAUGAUUUGAAAAUGUUAGACGCAGAAAAAGCUAAUCUUAAAUGACCUUUCUUCAUUUUGGGGGAUUUAUUUGAGUAACUCUUAAUUAUCUAUAAAAACAAUAUACUAACUGAAACUAAUUUCUCCACACUAGUCUAAAAAACUAGUUUAUGUUACUAACUUUGCGUCCUUGCUCUAUAAAAGACUUCGAAGAUGAUAAUUAUUCUUAUUUUUGUUACGCCUCUCACUCUGCUGCGCACACCUGGGGGACACGCCCACGGGCAUUCCUCUCCGGCUGUGGUCUGCAAUCAACACACCUGAGAUUGAUGAGAGACCUGCCUUCACAAGCCAGCGCGUCUUGCGUUCCAGUGCCAGAACGUAGCUACUU